ACCCCGAAGCUGGCAGUGGUGGAAAUCGGGAGAGUGAGUGCAAGGAGUGCCAGGGCAGAGAUGGACCCCAGGCCAGCUGGAGCACCUGGCCCUGCACACUGAGCUCCUUGGAGAGGAGUGGCAGCAGGAGAAGGGUGGCGAGAGGCUGUGCCCGUAGAGACGUGACAAGGCAGGUAAAGCCAAUUUCCCACCAGCGGAAACAGGAGCCUCUCCUUCCUCCUGUAGUGACCCCACUCAGUCUUUGCCAUGUGGGAAGCAGCCCAGGGCCUGAAGAAGAGCCACAGAAUUGGGGUUUGGGCAGGGCAGGCAGUGGGUCCAGGCCAUGGAAGACUCAGUGUCCCACUCAUGCUGAUCUCCCCCACAGGCCAGCACUUCAGCAAUGACUUUGCCCAGGUGAACCCCCUGAUGAAGGUGCCAGCCUUGAAGGACGGUGACUUCAUCUUGACUGAGAGUGUGGCCAUCCUGCUGUACCUGGCCCGCAAGUAUAAGGUCCCUGACCACUGGUACCCUCAGGACCUGCAGGCCUGUGCCCUUGUGGAUGAGUACCUGGCGUGGCAGCACACAGCCCUGAGGAAAAACUGUCUCCGGGCCCUGUGGCGUAAGGUGAUGUUCCCUGUCUUCCUGGGAGAGCCACAGUCUCCUGAGAUCGUGGCAGCAACUCUGGCAGAGUUGGAUAUGACCCUGCAGCUGCUUGAGGACAAGUUCCUGCAGAACAAGGCCUUCCUUGCUGGGCCACACAUCUCCCUGGCUGAUCUGGUGGCCAUCGAAGAGCUGAUGCACCCUGUGGGUGCUGGCUGCCAGGUCUUCGAAGGCAGACCCAAACUUUCUGCAUGGCGUCAGCGCGUGGAGGCGGCAGUGGGGGAGGACCUUUUCCGGGAGGCCCAUGAGGUCAUCUUGAAGGUCAAGAGUACUCCACCUGCAGACCCCACCACAAAGCAGAAGUUGAUGCCGCGGGUGCUGGACAUGAUCCAGUGAGGUCCGCCCUCAGCAGCUCACAAAGCACCUGCAUUUUCAUGAUCCCACCAAAGGCAGGUGCAGUGAGCACCUGGCUUCCCAGGCCAGAGCCUUCCCUGAUCUCUCUCCCACAGCUGCCUGCAAGUCACCAUGAUAAUGCACAGACCUUCAAGGGCACACCCAGAACACCUCUUUAAUCACUGCUUUUUGAUUUUUGAUUUAAGUUUGGGUAGUAAAUCUGGCCUUGGUCUGUGG